AUGCCGGCCUAUAACCCAGAAUAUUUCCAUGCCGAUUCCGAGGUCGUACCUAAUGAAGAAAGUGGAUUUAUUGAGAUCCCCACUGAAAAGAUUUUGGAUACUCCUUAUUCCUGGAGCUUAGUUGAAGCUGAUCUACAAAAAUCACUGAAGACUGAGUCGACAUUUGGACCGAAACGUAGUGCCGUGAAAUGUGGUGAUGGGGGCGGCUUCGUCUCCGAUGUGAUACUCUUGACGUUUGAUUGGACCCCAAAAAGCACGGAGCUACCGGAAAAGGCUAUAUUUAAGGUGACAACGAGCAAUUCCGUUGCUGGAAUUCGGAAAACCCUAAAACAAACCGGAGAUGUUGAGGAAAUGCUACUAGAAAGAGCGGCUCAAAUCCACAAUAACGAAUAUUUCAUCUAUGCUAAUGCGGCUGAAACCUGGAACUUCCCCACCGACAUUGGUUUCCCUAAAUUUUACUGCGGCAGGGAAUUUGAUAAAGUCGAGCAGAAAGCUGGCUAUUUCAUCGCUGAAUACGUCCCAAAAGUCAUCUUCGUCCAAUAUUAUCACAAUCUGCCAAUCCGCGCCGUCGGCCAGGCCGUCGAGGUGUUGGCAAAGAUGACGGCGCAUGUCAUUUCCAACCCAAAAAUCGUUGAACACCUCAAAAAUUCGACUAGCCAAGGAGUGGAAGAAUAUCUGAGGGAGCUUAUCAGGUUGAGGCAUGUAUGCCGCUCAAACCUCGAAAAUAUGGCCGAAAAGUUUCCUCAACUGGCAAAGGCCGCAAAAACGCUCGAGCCACUAGUGCCGAUUUCCGGAGAUUUCCAAAAGCUGAAAGCGGAAUGCGGGAAAUACUGCAAAGCUGAACUUCUUGCCCAUUUUGACUACCAUCUCGGAAAUCUGCUGUGGAUCCAUGAUGACGCCGGGGAUUUGGCGCCUCAUGCCAUCAUUGAUUGGCAGACUUCACAUAUCAACAACCCGCUAAUCGAUUUGGUGCGAAUUUUGAUGACUUCGCUCUCAAAAACGGAUUUUUCCAACAGUCUUUACGAUCUUCUCGACCUCUACUAUCAAACACUUAUCAAAAACUCUAAAAAGUCGAUCCCCUGGUCGGAUUUUGAAAAUUUUGUAAAAUGCUUCGAGCACGUAUUCCCGCUUGUCGCCACCCGCAUGGCCACAUUUUUCGCUCUGGAAAACUUUGUGGAGCGAAUCGUGGGGCGCGUUCCAGAAUCCGAACGCCUUCUGGCCGCCCGAUGCUGCCACCAGAAAAUGGAGUCCGCAAUCGAGUUUGCCGCGCAAUGUGUGCAAAAGUGGAAAAUGAACUUU